GGCUGCCCUUUAUUUUCGAGUCCGUUUGUUUUUGUCGCGCUUUUGAAUCACACAGCAUUUUAGUCAGCGUUAGUUGUUUUAAACAUGGUUUAUAGAUAAAUUAAUUCGACCGGAAAAUAAACGUUGACCCCCUCACUUCAAACAAGCGAAGGAAUCGGACGGGUUGCCGGUGUUCUGAUCAGCUGUUAGGUUAUUUAAAGAUAUCUAUGGAAUUAGAGUGAAGUUCUCUCUGCCUAUAUACUGAAGCCAACAGGGAAAUGAGUGGAAGGAGAAGAGGUGGGAAGCCUAACAGAGGAGGAGGGAGAUUCAACAAGCCAAGAGGAAGGGGAGGAGGUGGCGGCGGUAGCAGAAAGGGAACAAGCGGCAGUUGGGAUGAUGAUGGUGACUUCUGCCUUGAUCUUGGACCCAGCCAGUCUAGCAGGUCUGCAUCGGGGAAAGGACGAGGUUGGGGCAGCAGGAGCAAUGAAAGUCGAGGAGGAAGGGUUGGCAGUAGGUAUCAAGAUUCUGUAGGCAGAGGUGGGGCGAGAGGGAGUGGAAGAGGUCUCCCCAGGGCACUGUUGGGAUACCAAUCAUGGCCCAGGCCAGAUGGUGAUAGGCCUCACCUCAGGCCCGAGAUAAUGGAUAGCAUGCCCUUGGAGAAAAUCUUUAUGACCAAUGAGAACCAGGAACAAGUCAAGGAGCUCCUGAGAGAGCUGCAGACACAAGACUUUGAUGAGCCGUAUGAUGAAUCUGGUUCAGAUUAUAUGGGUGAGGAAGAAGAUGAGGAAGAGGAGUAUGAUGAGUUGGACCAACGUGAGGAAGGUCAGUAUUGGGCCACUCAUGACAAGCCUGUGCAGAUGGCUGACAGCCCUAUUUGGGAGUCAGAGUCUGAGGAAGAGCAGCCCACCUCUGAAACUGUCAUCUCCUUAUUCGCCCUCUCCAAACUCAACAGAUAUGGGUUCAACCGGGAGCGUAGCAGGCAGGCCCUGGAAUCUGGUGGAGGGGAAUUUGGGGAAACGCUUGAACAGCUUCUCCUCCAGGUCUUCUCAGAACGCUAUGGCCACAAAGCUGUUUCUCUUGAUAGCCUCCAGGGGGCACCUAUGGAUGAGUGCCUGAGCCUGAGGCAGGAGGAAGCCCUCGCCCUGACUGCCAUUUAUGGCGAACGCUUUAACGAGCGCAUUGCCAAUUCACUGUGGACUGUGACCCUUGACCUCCUGUUCCUGACAAAUACAGCUUUUCAAAAAAGUGCAGGAGUUGGGAGCUGGCAUGGCCAAAAAACUGGUCUGGUUAACACCCGUGAAAUUUGCCGGUUUUACUUGAAAGAUCAGGGGUGCAGAUUUGGGAACAAGUGCAAGUUCAAGCACCAGUUCCCUACCAAGGGGGAGUCUGGGACUGGUUCCUCAGACCCAGCUGGCCCAAGCAAUCCCGGGAUGAGCAGCUAUUCCCCUCCAGAAUAUGAGCUAGAGAUCCGUUUCCCAAAGGGUAACCUCUACCCAUUUCAGGCCCCAAUUGUGGCCUUUAGUACCAAUGAUGAGGCUAUCAGAGCCCCAGGCAGGCUUAAUGUGACUGAGAGAUUGUUCGGAGAGGCCUUGGUUGCUGCCAAGACCGGAGAGCCUGUUGUUUACACCCUCAUCGCUUGCUGCGAGGAUGAGGCCACCAUGAACGAACUGCUGGCUGUCAGUCAUCAUAAAUACAGCACUGCACCUCCCGUUGUGAAUCCUGCUGCCCCUCUAAGCAUACCAAAGAGCCGGAGUGCGAGAAGCAACGUGUCAUCUCAGGAGAGUAGAAGUGGCAGUAUCAACAGUAGUAAUCCCACCUACAGCACAAAGACUACUCUACUUAACAGCAAAGCGAACAAACAGAGACGGAUUGAUGCAAAAGAAAUCGGCAAUGUGGAGGAACAGGAUGAGGGGGAAGGGGAGGAUGAGGACAAAAAUGACAAGGCUGUUCCAGUGGAGAGUGAGAGCUAUGUCAGCCUGAGAAAGAGGACGGUGAAGAAGCACCAAUUAAGAAUAGACAACAUGGUACAGGAAAAUGGCAAACUGUGCCAGGAAUUCAGGAGGAAACAGUCCUCCAGAGUCUUUAGAUCCAUGCUGCAGCAGAGACAGAAGCUGCCAGCCUGGCAGGAGAAAAACAACAUCCUGGACCUGUUGGACGAGUGUCAGGUUCUGGUGAUCAGCGGAAUGACUGGGUGUGGUAAGACCACCCAGAUCCCUCAAUUCAUUCUGGAUGCAUCAUUGAGCGGCCCUGCGGAGCAGGUGGCCAACAUCCUCUGCACCCAGCCACGCCGCAUCUCUGCCAUCUCUGUGGCCCAGAGGGUGGCACAGGAACGGGUGGAGCGCCUGGGAAACUCAGUGGGCUACCAGAUCCGCCUGGAGACCGUCAGGUCAUCGGCCACCAGACUGCUGUACUGCACCACAGGCGUGUUACUGAGGAGGCUGGAGGGCGAGGCAGAUCUGAAAGGGGUCUCACACGUCAUUGUAGAUGAGGUACAUGAGCGCACAGAGGAGAGUGACUUCCUGCUGUUGGUGCUGAAGGACCUCAUGGUGCAGAGGCCAGACCUGAAGAUCAUCCUGAUGAGCGCCACACUCAAUGCUGAACUCUUCUCUGAUUAUUUCUACAACUGUCACACCAUCCAUAUACCAGGGCACACUUUUCCAGUUGACCAGUUUUUCCUGGAAGAUGCCAUUGACAAAACCCGCUUUGUGAUAGAGGACGGCAGCCCUUACAGGCGCUCGGGAAAACAAAAUUCCUCAUUUGUUGCAAGUGGACGAGUAAGCAAAGGAGGGCCAAAUUACGUGGUUGACGACUUGGAGGAAGACAUGUGGAACUUCAUGUCUUUAUGUAAAACAGACUUUAUCAAAGACUCCAUCCCAGACCAGACACUCAACCUGCAGGAACUCACUGUGCGAUACAAAGAUACCAAGAAGUCUGUACUGAAGACAAUUGCUGCCAUGGACCUCGACAAGAUCAACAUGGAUUUGGUGGAGAGUUUGCUGGAAUGGAUUGUAGAGGGAAAACACAAAUACCCCCCCGGUGCCGUACUGGUGUUCAUGCCGGGCCUGGCUGAAAUCAAGAUGCUCUACGAGCAGCUCCAGUCCAACAGAAUGUUCAAUAACAGGAGAAAAACCAGAUGUGUGGUAUACCCGCUCCAUUCGUCCCUGUCCAAUGAGGAGCAGCAGGCGGUAUUCAGUCGGCCUCCAGAUGGUGUCACUAAGAUCAUCAUCUCUACCAACAUUGCUGAGACCUCAGUAACUAUUGAUGAUGUGGUCUAUGUUAUCGACUCUGGCAAGAUGAAGGAGAAGAGGUAUGACGCAACUAAAGGCAUGGAGAGUCUGGAGGAAACGUGGGUGUCUCGGGCCAACGCGCUUCAGAGGAAGGGCCGAGCAGGUCGCGUGGCCUCAGGGGUCUGUUUCCACCUCUUCACCAGCCACUGCUUCCAGCACCAGCUGGCAGAACAGCAGCUGCCAGAGAUCCAGAGAUUUCCCCUGGAACAGCUCUGUCUCAGGAUUAAGAUCCUAGACAUGUUUGCUGAGAGGACCCUGGAGUCGGUCUUCUUGCGGCUUAUUGAACCGCCAGCAUUGGAGAGCCUCGAGGCAGCCAAGCAGCGCCUGCAGGACUUGGGAGCUUUAACUGCAGAUGAGAAACUGACCCCACUGGGCUACCACCUGGCGUGCCUGCCUGUGGAUGUGCGCAUUGGGAAACUCAUGCUGUUUGGUGCCAUCUUCCGCUGCCUUGACCCAGCCCUCACCAUUGCUGCUAGCUUGGCCUUCAAAUCACCCUUCGUCUCUCCAUGGGAUAAGAGGGAGGAGGCCAAUGAGAAGAAGCUGAGUUACGCUCUGGCAAAUAGCGACCAUCUAGCUCUUUUACAAGCAUACAAGGGAUGGUGCAGUGCAGCAAAGAACGGCAAUAGGGCUGGCUUCCUGUACUGCAGGGCGAACUUCCUGUCUUGGCGUGGCUUACAGGAGAUUGCCUGUCUGAAGAGGCAGUUUGCGGAGCUGCUGUCUGACAUUGGCUUUAUUCAGGAGGGGCUGAGGGCCAGAGUCAUAGAGAGGAUGUGCUCUCAAGGCACCGAUGGCGUUCUGGAGGCCACUGGCCGAGAGGCCAACUUGAACUCAGACAACAUCCGGCUGAUGUCUGCCUUGCUAUGUGCUGCGCUCUAUCCCAACGUAGUCCAGGUGCACGUGCCCCAGGGGAAGUUCAAGCUGACCAGCAAAGGUGUGAUGAAGAUGCCACCCAAGGCGGACGAGCGCCGCUUCAUGACCAAGAACGACGGCCGUGUAUAUGUGCACCCUUCCUCUGUCAACUACACUCUGUGCCAUCACGACAGUCCUUACUUUGUGUACCACGAGAAGGUAAAGACUAGCCGCGUCUUCAUCAGGGACUGCAGCAUGGUAUCUGUCUACCCCCUGGUGUUGUUUGGAGGGGGGCAGGUGAAUGUGGAGCUGCAUAAGGGGCAGUUUGUCAUCUCCUUGGACGAUGGAUGGAUCCGAUUUGCCGCUGCCUCACAUCAGGUGGCUGAGCUGGUGAAGGAACUACGCUGGGAACUGGACAAGCUGCUGGAAGGCAAGAUCAGGAGCCCAAGCAUGGAUCUGUGUAGCUGUCCCCACGGCUCUCGCAUCAUCCAGAUGAUAGUCCAUCUCAUCUCCACAGAGUAGCACUUCACCACUUUGCCAGCGCUAUGGAGCACAAUCUGAGCACUAUGCAACGGUUUGCAUGAUUCCAGUUGCACUUCCCCACACCAACACUCGACAGAUUCCAGCCAACAAACUAAACAUGUUCACAACGGUGAAAGGUUUGAGUCCAAUUUAGAUUUCCUGUGCAGAAAACGACUGCACACUUCUGAUAGUUGGUAUGCACUUACAUUUAAAUAAUGCAUGAGCUUCUGCCUGUUACUUAAUUUAAAUUUAUAGAAUGUCAGAAGAUUUUACACUGAUGUCAAAAUAACAAAGAUCAACUUGAAUGAAAGGGCUGUGAAUGAUUUGGUAAUAGUUACCAAAGAAUGCAAAACCAGUGUCUUAAAAAUAAUUAUAAAUGCCUCUGCACUGACAAUAAAGAGAAAAACUUGCUGGA